ACUCGGUCGACCUGCCAAAGAGAGAGCGGCAACCAGAGCGCAGCCGAUCACACCGCCACUGCUCCAGCCGCGUCGUGACAAGGAAUCCAACGGUCACACCACGUAUCAGUGCCGAGGGACGUCCAUCAUAUCAUGAGUAGCAGUACUCUGUCGCCGUCCUCCGUUAUUGCGCUGCAUGGACCCAAAGAAGCCAGUCGCGCAAUUGCUAUCCAUCCACCGACGGGGUCCUCGACGUCUGCCUCUUCCGCCAACCUUCACACAAACACGCAAGCGCAUUCGUGCCCUGCACCGCGUCACUUGAUGGCCUUGCCUCCGCAUCUCGCGUCAUCGUCGAAACAACGUAGUGCUCCCCGCACCCCUCUGAUUGGGUCACUCCCAGACCCGAGCUCGACUUUUCUGUCUGCGCAUCCCAUGCCGCCGUUGCACCUUCCACCCCCUCCGCUAGAUCUCGACCGUCCUUCAUCCUCAUCUUCGUCAACUAGACGAGAAACUGUUGUGCAGUUUGCCAGUUCGUGUCCUGCUCAAGUCGGCUUCUUGCACAUGCCGCGCCACGCCGCGACCAUGACGGCGCCAUUCCCGGCCUCCGACGACUUGUCCAAGUCCCCCUCUCUUGCAGUCAUGCGCUCCAUGGAGUCUCUGCGGCGAGAACGCCUGUCGUCUCACACAGACAACCGGCUCAGCCUCGACCGCCUCUGUCUCGAAGAGCAGGACGAAGACAAGGAAGAUGAAUCGGACGACGACGACGCUGCCAACUUCGAAAUGGACGACGUGUUUGUGUUUGAAGCUCAAUAAAUCAUCUGUUACAUCUCCACCUGACCUCACACGUAUAUGCCGUCACCGUUGCGCCCGCCCCAAGCAUGCUCUUGGACGAUCCGCUCCAGUGUGUCGACGACGGCGCGGGCGGUGGGUCGAUUUGCCGGGUCCAGUUGGAGGCACUGCUUGGCGAGCUGCAAAAUCGGGACAGGGCACGUUGGAGUGAACUGCGGCAGAGCUUUCCCAGUCAUGAUGUCUUGGACGAGCGACCUCUGGCCUCCGCGCGUCGAGUCGACAUCUAUUCUAUCGAUUUGAGCCCAUGCAAAACAAGCAACUUGCAGAGCCUAACAAGACCAUUUCAGAUUGUACCUGUCGCGCGGUCUGCGAACGGCAGCGCGUGUGUGUCGAGUUCGCACAAGACAACUCCAAACGAGUACAUGUCGAC